UGCGAUAUCUCCUGUACUGUGGAGAUUGCUUGCAGGCUAAUGAGCGCAACAGAUCCACAGCCUUCAAAAUUAGGCACCAAAGAACAUUGGGAUAACGUCUACGACGAAGAGCUGCAGAAUUUCGGGGAAUUUGGUGAUGAGGGUGAGAUAUGGUUUGGAGAAGAUUCAGUGGAUAAAAUGGUCAAUUGGGCUGUUCAGAAUGUCCCUCCAGAGAACGACCCGUCCAUUCUCGAAGUAGGCAGUGGAAACGGUACUCUCCUCUUCGCUCUCGCGGAAGCCGGAUACACCGCCGAUACGCUACUAGGAAUCGAUUACUCUGAAGGAGCCAUCACCCUCGCAUCUUCCAUUGCAAAAUCACGCAACCGUGAAGGGAUACAAUUUCACUGCUGUGACUUCCUUAAUGAAGAACCUCCGCUACUUACUAACAUACGUACGGUGGAUGGGGCGGCCUGGGAUCUCAUACUGGACAAGGGAACGUUCGAUGCGAUUGCUUUGAUGCAGAAGGACAACCAUGGCAAGGCACCCGUUGACGGUUAUCCUUUACGGGUAGCUAGGUUGCUAAAGCCCGGUGCACACUUCCUCAUUACAUCUUGCAACUUUACAGAAGCCGAGCUCCAAGACAAAUUCACGACGCCUGCCACAGGCUUGCGUUAUCACUCUCGCAUACAACAUCAGACAUAUACAUUUGGCGGCAGAAGCGGAAGUAUAUGCUCUAGUGUUGCGUUCGUCAAGCCAGCGGCGACUUGAGGAUUAGAUCCGUGGAAUGUAACCCAUUCCGCUUUGUAGGGUUUCCUUUGCUACCGAACCCGCCCACUGCAAGAACCCACUCUCCUCACUGAACGCGUGUGAAAGGAAGAAUAUCAAGCCAAGGCCAAGAUUUUCGAUCUUCGUCGCUCUGAUAAAGGUGUCUUCAAUUACUCCGCGAUUUCGUGAUUCUAUGUCGUCAAGUCGGUCUGAAAGCAUCGGCGACGAUCCCUGCGUUGCGACAAAUAUCUGUGCGAAGAGCUGCUUGAAGAAUUUCUGUGUCUGAGGCUUCAAAAGUGUGAAGUCGACAGGCUGCGCGGCAGUUCCAAUCAGUGGCG